UCGAUCCCUGAACUACUCGGUCGCUUCAGUGAUCAGAACACGGAGGAGCCGGUGGUGCGGCGUUUGUAAGAUCCCUGCGAGAGGCUGUGAAAAUCAAAGAGAGUCAGCGUCGGGGAGCAACGCGAAAGGAAUUAACGCAUUCAAGGUGGAAGCAUGCAGGUUGAGCUACGAAUACACGCCAACGGUGGCUCUAAGCACUCCGACAUCCCGGAAUGGCUGGACGAAGAUUUCCUCCAGCUCUGUAUGCAGAGCGGGGAGGGCGACCCCACAAUCAGAGUGAUGAAACACGACGUGGCGGUGAUGAGGCUUCGCAGUUCUGCACACAGCACCGUCCUGUACCGCGUCUCCGUCGAGUUCAAGCGACGUCCACGGAGCAGAAACAUCCUGGACUUCAAGCCACAGGAGACCCGAUCCUUGAUAAUAAAAAUGCAGCCGGCACCGACUGAAUUUCCAGAACUCCGGCAGGAGGUCGACAAAGAGGUAACAGCACUUUCGGUCACCCUGCCUGCCAUCACCAAGAUUUUGAGCUUCUUCGCGCUGACCGCGCAGUGCUUUUACUCCGAGAGAUCACCGCGGGCCUUGAUAGUGAUGGACGACCUUGCGAAGAGCGACUUUGUCAGAGGGAAGAUGGACCGUCAACGAGGACUGGACUUCAAUCAUUGCAUGCUGGUUAUGCAGUCGAUGGCCGCUCUUCACGCGGGCUCAGUAGCCCUUUACGAAAAGGACAAAUCGUCGAUGGAUUCAUUCGAUCAUAACAGAUGGUGCAAGGAAGGCAAUUCAAUGACCAAAGAUUUAGUGUCCAGCACAGUAUCCGACAUUGCUGACGAAGUGGCGACUUGGUCGAAUUUCGGUGACAAGUACUCGGACAGAAUACGAGCCCUGAGAGAUACUCUGUUGCCCCGAGUCAACGCUGCCAUUUCGCGAGAGGGGUCUAAAUUCAAUGUUCUUAAUCACGGCAGCUGCUGGUACAACAACCUCAUGUUCCGGUACAAUAGCAAGACCAGUCGCGUCGAGGAAGCCUUGUUUGUGGACUUUGCCAAUUCCGUGUUUGCCUCGCCAGUGAUCGAUCUGCAGCAUUUUCUAUUCUCAACGCCCACAGACGAGGUUCGUUUGCACAAUGUCAAUAGGCUGAUACAGCAUUAUCACCGCGAGUUGGUUUCAAACCUCGAGAAACUCAAAGUAAAAACCAAACCACCGACGAAGGAAGAACUGAUGGAUGAAAUGGAGGAGCGUGGGGCCUACAGUGUUUUGGUAGCGUUCACCCUGCUGCCAAUUAUCAUCGCCGAGGGAUCGACCAGCACCGACAUACUCAGUGACCCUCACGCAGUGAAAGAAAAACGCAAAAUGUUCGCCAACGAGCAGUUCAAAAUAUCCCUAAAGAGGCUGCUCCAGAUUUUCGACAGUCGGGGACACCUCGAAUAACCCAAGACGACGCCGUUUCCAAUGAUCUUGGGAAAUCACAACGGGUACAAGACUAUGACUUAUCCAAGGUGAAUAAGUGAAAGUGCAAUUCAGCGAGCCAUACGCGUCUUCUUGUGCG